ACUCGCACAUAGAGAGAAAUAAAUGCCCAGGAGUUGUCUUUUGAGUCGGCGUCUGAUAAAUUUAAAGUAAAUAUCAAACGUAAUGUGGAAAGAGACUUGUUAGUUUAUCAUAUCAAGUUUCAUUACAUUGGAUGUCACUCGCCCGCUUUUAAAUAAAGUUGUUAUAUAAUUUCGGUGAAUAUAUAGCGGAUGCCAAGUAAACGCAAAUAAAUGGUAGCUUAAACUAAUGCACGAUUUUGUAUGGAAAAAAAAGACAAUGGCACUACGUUUGGAUCUAGUGCAUUAAUAUAGUUGUGUAUCUUUUUUAUAUUGUUUUUGGCACAGAAGUUGUGAUAGGCGUAAGGAGGGAGGUGUGCUACCAAACUCGCAGGCUUCUUUCCAUCGAAUUUCAAAACAUGGGAGCGCACGGACACGCUUUAGGAUGCUACGGUGUAAUUGUCUGUGGAGUUUUAGCGUUUCUUCCGGGGAUAUUUUUUCUGCAAGCAGAAGCCGGUUGUGCAGAGAGAGAAAACCCAAACUGUUGCACUGGACGAAACAAUGAGUGCCAUGAAUUCACCCGGAGAAAAACGGUUUGCUACUGUGAUACAUACUGUCAAAAAACGGGGGACUGUUGCGAGGACUACCGGCGUGUUUGUCAGAUAUCAGCCAUCGACUGUGUGGUUGGCCCCUGGGGGUCGUGGACUCAGUGCAGCUCUCCGUGUGGAGUUGGCAGCAAAGAGAGGACCCGGCAGGUGACUGUGCCCCCCAGGAAUGGAGGGGCGCCCUGUCCUGACCUCAAGCAGCGCAGGGGCUGCUUCGGACACAGUCCCAUCUGCAGCUCUGCCAAAGAGGUGGCAAAAAUCCUGCCCGAUUCAUUCAAGAGGAACUUCAAGGACCCCUGGAGACGACCACACAUGCUCAUGAAGGAGGAAAAGGCCAGCUACUGUGUGCAGCUGCGGGUGAAACAGGCUAGUGCCGCCUGCAGGCUGCACCUCUGGAGUGCCCAGCUGGUGAGGGAGAGAUCUGUCUGCACAGAGUGCCAGAGCGAUGCCAUGGGUAGCAGGGACCGCUGUGGAGGAGAAGGCCUAGAGGGAAUAAGGACUUUUUGGACAGCGGCAUCGGUGCCCGGCUGCCAUGGCUCAUGGGUUCGCGAGUCCUCCUCUGAAAAUUGCCGGUGUCCACUGCACUCCCUGCUCUUUGUGUAGCCACCCUCCUGCACUAGGCGUGCUCGCACAGACUCCGGACUGACAGAGGGAACACCUGCCAGCCAUCAUGGACUCCGCUGCCAUAAGAGAUAGGAGGAUGUGCAGGGAGAACGGCAGUUUCUUGCUACCUUCCUUUUGUUAAGCCUCACCUCAUACACCACUUUUCUUAUAAGCACACCAACAUAUAUUCAGCCACAGAAAUAUGUACCCUUUCCUUCCAAAGCACAAAAGUGUCUAUUAGUCUUUACCUCUGAGACUUUGCUAUCUACCUCCAUAAAUGCAGUUGCAUUUAAACAUGCAUAUAUGUAUAAUAUAUAAAUGUUACUUUGCUUUAU